AUGGCCGCCAAAACCUUGUCCAGCACCACCAGUUCAUACUCUUUCAAGAAGAUGAAUAUUAAUGAACACGAAUGGGUGGAAAGCAUGCGUAAAUCGAUCUUAGAACAUGAGGAAGAGAUCGACAAAGUUCCAGUUUGUAUAUUCACAGUCCCUCAAGUACUUCUAGCCACCGAUCCUGAAUCCUACAUCCCGCAGCAAAUCGCGUUAGGUCCCUUCCACCAUUGGCGCGAGGAGGUCUAUGACAUGCAAAGGUACAAGCUUGCUGCGGCACGAAGAACCCAGAAAGGUAUGAACGUUAGCUUCGAACGUAUCGUGGAGAUAAUGAAGAAAAACGAUGAGCCUCGAAUCCGUGCUUGCUACCAUAAGUUUCUUGAUAUGUCAGGAGACGCACUGAUCUGGAUGAUGGCUGUUGACAUGGCGUUUUUACUGGAAUUCCUUCAGGUGUAUUCCAUGAAAGAAGAAGGACGGGUACUCAAGAAAGUUACUUCUUCGAUGUCCCAUUUGGUCGAUGCCUCCGGGAAGAAGCUAUCACACAUGGCGAUUCUUCGUGAUUUGGUGAUGGUGGAGAACCAGAUCCCAUUGUUUCUGAUGAAGACGAUGCUGGAGCAUCAGUCCAAGAAAGCUAAUCAUGAAAAGUCACCUGAAGAGACGUUGAAGUCGAUGCUGAUUGGUUUGUACCAUGAGCUUUCUCCGUUUCAAGAAAAGGAGUUGCCAGAUGUUGACAUCAACGACUGUGAUCACCUGCUAGACUUUUUGUACCACAUGACAGUGCCAAACAACAAAGAGCUCGGGAUCAUGGAGGCUGAGAUUGACAUCGAAGAAGAAGCUAUCACUGAAGUCAACGAUGAAGAUAAAGAAGAAACUUUUGCAAAGGAAACUGAUCUUCAUCGGGUCAUGAGUUAUAUAUGGAACCUCCUCUCGAAAUCCAACGCAGGGCUCGUGAACUUUUUCAAGAAACUCAUUUUCGGAAGACCAAUGGCUCUCCUAAUGAAAUUACCAUGGAAGAUCUUAUCAAAUCUUCCCAUACUCAAACUCAUGAAAGAACCCAUGGAGCGAAUGCUGGUGAAGUUUCAGGGUAAAGGAGAGGAGAAUUCAGAAGACGACGGUGGCGAAUCGAAGGUACCAACCAUCGAGGAAAUCACCAUCCCAUCAGUCACCGAAAUGGCCAAUGCAGGGAUCAUUUUCUCACCCGUUAAUGGCGGAAUUUUGGACAUUAGUUUCGAUAAUAUAACAUCUACACUCUACCUCCCAGUAGUCGAUCUUGACGUAAACUCAGAAGUUUAUCUGAGAAACUUAGUAGCAUACGAAGCUUGUGUUGCAGCAGGGCCAUUGGUGGUGUCACGAUACACAGAGCUAAUGAACGGAAUAAUCGAUACUGAAGAAGACGCGAAGUAUUUGCGAGAGAGAGGAAUAGUUUUGAACCAUUUGAAGAGUGAUAAGGAAGUUGCAGAUCUGUGGAACGGGAUGAGCAAAUCUGUGAAGUUGACGAAAGUGGCAAAGAUGGAUAAAGUGAUUGAAGAUGUGAACAAGAGGUAUGGUAGAACAUGGAGGGUGAAAAUGGCUAAUUUCUUUAAUAAAUAUGUGUUUGGAUCAUGGAAGUUUCUCACAGUGUUGGCUGCUUUGUUUAUGCUUUUAUUGACGGGACUGCAAGCUUUCUGUUCAGUGUAUAGCUGUGCUCGUGUAUUUCAUCAGCUUCCAGAUAUUCAAGGAGGGGGGACUGAGGGGAACUAG